ACUUCUCUCGGCCGGCCGGCGACCUCCAACGGCCCACCCUACUACUGCCGCGUCUCCUGCGUCGACGGGACCGAAGUGAGCGUGGACCUGCCGAAACAUGCCAAAGGCCAGGAUUUGUUUGAUCAGAUUGUGUACCACUUGGACCUGGUGGAAACAGAUUACUUUGGCCUCCAGUUCCUCGACUCCGCCCAGGUUGCGCACUGGCUGGAUCAUUCCAAACCCAUAAAAAAGCAGAUGAAAAUUGGACCUGCUUAUGCUUUGCACUUUCGAGUUAAAUAUUAUUCUUCAGAACCGAACAACCUUCGUGAAGAGUUUACAAGGUACCUGUUUGUUUUACAACUCAGGCAUGACAUUCUUUCAGGAAAAUUGAAAUGCCCAUAUGAAACAGCUGUGGAACUGGCUGCUCUCUGCCUACAAGCCGAGCUUGGGGAGUGCGAGCUUCCAGAACACACACCGGAGCUCGUGUCUGAGUUUCGGUUCAUUCCAAAUCAGACGGAAGCGAUGGAAUUUGAUAUCUUCCAGAGGUGGAAAGAGUGCAGGGGAAAGAGCCCUGCCCAGGCGGAACUCUCCUAUCUGAAUAAAGCGAAGUGGCUGGAAAUGUAUGGGGUAGACAUGCACGUUGUCAGGGGAAGAGAUGGCUGUGAAUAUUCUCUUGGACUGACCCCGACAGGCAUAUUAAUCUUUGAAGGAGCUAACAAAAUAGGCUUAUUCUUUUGGCCGAAAAUCACCAAAAUGGAUUUUAAAAAGAGCAAAUUGACGCUGGUGGUGGUGGAGGAUGAUGACCAGGGCCGGGAGCAGGAGCACACAUUCGUGUUCCGGCUGGACAGCGCCAGGACCUGCAAGCACCUGUGGAAGUGCGCCGUGGAGCACCACGCCUUCUUCCGCCUACGGGCGCCGGGCAACAGCAAGUCCAGCAGAUCAGACUUCAUCAGGCUGGGGUCUCGCUUCAGGUUCAGUGGGCGCACAGAAUAUCAAGCUACACAUGGCACCAGGUUACGAAGAACCAGCACCUUUGAGAGGAAGCCUAGUAAACGCUACCCAUCCCGGAGACAUUCGACGUUCAAAGCAAGCAACCCGGUGAUAGCGGCUCAGUUCUGCUCUAAAACAAAUCCUGAAGUCCAUAAUUACCAGCCUCAGUAUCAUCCCAAUCUCCACCCUGGCCAGCCCCGGUGGCAUCCUCACUCUCCAAACAUAAGCUACCCGCUCCCUUCCCCAGGGCUCAGCAGCUCAGACCGACUGCCUUUCGGCCUCGAGGAGAAUGGGGGCACACCGUUCACUACCAAAGCUUCGGGAAGGCACCACCAUCACCACCACCAGCACCAGCACCACACGAACUAUGGCCUCUCGCUGACCCUGGAGAACAAGGAGGGGCCUCUGAGGUCCCCAAACUCCAGCAGUAAAUCCCUCACAAAACUGAGUCCCGGAGCACCUGCCCUGUUCAGCGAAGCCGCUGCCCAUCUAAAGAAGCUGGAACUGGAAACUGUGAAGUCUGCUGGACCCUGGCCUGCUCUACACAUCAACAUAAAUAAGGCUGAAGAAAAAAAAGUUUCUGAGAAGACUCUCCAGACCCCACUGUUGCCUUCCCCCAGGGCCGAUCACGUGAAGUGUAACAUUUUGAAAGCCCAGUUGGAGAAUGCUUCCCGAGCGAGUGCCCAGGUUGGAAAAGAGGAAUCACCGUUUGUAAAUAUCAGUAAGAAAUCCAGUCUUCAGGACGCUAAUGUAAGAAGUCCUAUUCCUAUACGUGUGGAAACUACCCAGCCAGCAAUGGAGAAGCCGGAAAUCAAGCCUCCCCGAGUGAGGAAGUUAACAAGACAGUACAGCUUUGAUGAAGACGACCUCCCUCCAGACCUGGCCGAGGCAGUAGGAGCGACCACAGCUACAAGCACGGCCGCCACCACGGCCACCACCACACAAGUCUCAGCGCCACUGGCGUCCCCCAAGGUCCACAAAAUCAGCUCGCCCCAGAAUUCGGAAGGCAAGGGCCAGCUGUCCCCAGGGGCCAAGAGCCCCUCUGACCGAGGAGGUGCCUUUACCUUGGAGCCAGGCGAUCUCCUGAUGGAUUUCACAGAAGCCACUCCUCUGGCAGAGCCCGCCAGCGCCCCCCACUGUGCCCACUCUCGCUGCUCUCCUCCACUCUCUCUCCCCAUGAAGGAAGAGACCACUGGAGUUUGCAUGCACCCUCCAAUCAAAACGAGGCUGAUAAAGACAUUCCCGGCUGAUACAGUGACCCCCUUUCCUGAUCCUUUCAUCACAGGGCCGCAGUUUACCGCAGACUUUAGAGACAGUAAAUUACAGUGCUGUCCUGGCCAGUCUUCCCCGCUGAUUCCAGCCGCGACCCUGAGGCCUUUGACAGAGACCGUCUCCACAGUGCAGACCAUCUACACCACACGGAAGCCUGUUUCUCUGGCAGCCAGCGCAGAGACGCUCCGGCAGGAACUGGAGAGAGAGAAGAUGAUGAAAAGACUGUUGAUGACCGAACUGUGAAGCUCUCCCCUUGUUGCCUGGAGGAUGGCGUGGUGCCUUCUGUCCGUUUUCUUUCCUCGGGCUUUGUGUGCUCACUCUAGCACAACAUACAAACAUGUGCUCUGUUCGCCCAGGUCUCCGUGGUUAGUCGAAGCCAGCUUCUGGCUUGACUUUUAUUGGAGAAGUUGCUUUACGUCUCCUGAGUAUUAGCGUUUAUCAACUACUCAGUGUAGCUGAGACAGGAUUUGGUAAGCCUAGGAGAAGAAAGAUAGAAAACCAGGAUUCCUUCUCAGAAGCACCUGUGUGUAUAUAAUUAACAGCCACAGGGGUUAACAUGGCACGGAAUCCUUUGCUAUAAAUCUCAACCGUGUGAUUUUGUAUGAUUGACACUUGCACCAAGCUUUGACUGUUUGCUAAAGUAUCAUUUUUAAUGAGAGAAUAAUUCUUUACUGCUGGGUUUUCAUUUACACUGGUAAAUACACAGAUCUUAUGAAGUCUUUAACAUUCAUUUUUAUUCAGACACCAGUAGGUGAACUAAAAAAGAAAGUUGCAGUUACCGGGACUGAAGGUACUUCAGCUUAAUCUGAAAUAUAAUUUAACUUGUGAAUUUGUGGGAUACGGUAAUCAUUUGGGAUACACAGAAUUUGUUAUUGAACCCAAAGUAGGAAAUUAUAGUUUAAAUUGUCUAAAACUCCUUACAAGGUUAAGUGAUUUGAUAUCUGGAUUCAUUUGGGUGUUCCAUAAAGGAAAAAUUAUUUCUAAAGUUGAUCAACUCAUGUCCUGUUGAUAGAACCUUGACCAGAAGAAAUUUUGCUCUCUUUUUAUAUAGUUUCAAGAAAUGUGUUUUUAAAUUUUUAUUAUGCACUUGAACAACUUUGCAGGAAUAAAAGAACCCCCCCCACAACCACAAACUAGCCCUCUAAAUUGUUUCCAAAUCUUCCUCAAUGAAUAUGCACACAUUUUUACACCAACAUGAUCAGUGUGUACACACUCUGGUUACUUCCUACAUCUAACACAUAUCUCCUCUUUUCAACACUGACCUUGCUCUCACCAAUUUCAGUUUCUUUAUAUCCAUGUAACAUGGUUAACCUCAUUUCUUGCCACUUUUAGAUAUUUGAGUUAUAUCCAAUUUUUCACACUUAUAAAUAGUGCUGCUAUGAAUGUCUUUGUAAAAAAAAAAUGUUCCUUCCUUUGGAUUCUUCCCUUGGGAAUAUCUCCAAAGAGAGAUUACAAGGUUAAAGAGCAUGAAGUAUUUUAUAGCUCUUGUUUCAUAUUGCCAGAUUGCUUUCUAGAAAGAUCCAGUCUCUGGGUUGGAAGGACCUUAAAGGUCACUAAGUUCAACCCCACCAUCCCCUCUGAAUGCUUGAAUCCCCUCUACAGUAUAUGAUGCCACCAGCAAUGUGUAAGCAUUUCCAUUCACCAGUAGUUCUGCCAGUAUUGGGUUGUGCCAUUUUUAUUUAUUUUUGCUAGUUUAAUGAGUGUGUAUAGUUGUACUUGAAAGGUUGUUUCAUUUCAUUAAUUGCUAGCAAGGCUGAGCACUUUCCCGUGUGAUGAUUUACUAGCUGUACUUCCUUGUGUGCGAAGUGUCCAUCCAUUUCUUACGACCACUUGUCAAGUGGAACUGAUCUCGUAUAUUUGUAUCAGAACUGUAUUUUUAUGUUGUAUAGUUUGCUCUCCUGUCCCUAUCCUUAAAACUGAAUGGUGCCAACAAUUUGAUACUAAUGAUUAUAACAAAAAAAGUAACGCCUCAUUUACUCGCAUUGUUGUAAAAUGAGGUGAUGUUAGCAGAUCUUCAGAUAACAGAGGAUUAACCCUUUAAGUGCUGAAUCUUUAAUCUUUUAAUAUUUUUUUGAGGGAAAUCUUUCUAAAAUAUAUUACGCUCUUCCCUGCCUUAGUAGACAGAGUACACUGGAGAGUAUUUAACCUUUUCUUGGUGAGUCAUGGUCAUCAUUGCAAACGUCAGCCCCUUUUGUACCUUGGUGUGGUGCAGUGAUGUCAUCAGGAGCUUUCAGAAUGUGCGGGGCUUGGCUUGCCUUUCAUGGACUAACGCUCUUCUCAUGGGUGGUUUGCACUGCUGUCUGCUCUAUUGGUGAAGCCACCUGGGGCGACUGUGGUAUUUGGGAACUUUUCCCCCCUCAUACUUCACGGCCCCUGGCUGUACUUUUAAAACAGCUUUAACCGUUCUUUAUGUCGUGUACACGUUACAAAAUGUGUUCCUGUACAAUACGGCAGAGAUAUCUGUGUCUGGGGUUGUCACCUCUUGCCAAUCCCUCCUCUUCUAACCUGCUUUCUGAGUCUUCUGCUUUUCGCUUCCUGCUCUCUGAUGGAAACCUCCAGGGCAAAACUGAAGUUUUCUUGAGGAAGCCAGGAAACCCAGUGUUACAUAUAUGUCAGGUGGGCUUUGCUUCUGAGGACAGAUGCAUGGGCUUUUUGGCCAUUGUUUUCAGGAGGCUCUGAGCCUGCUGCUUCUUCCCCACGUCCCCCUGGGUUCACAGAUGUUUCAGAAGGUGGCUGUCACUGGAAUUCUGCUCACAAACAAGUCGGCUGUUACUGUAUAUGAAAACCCAGUACCUUUGGCAGCUCAACUCUAAUCAGUAAAAUCAAGAAGAUUCCAUUGUUUCAGCAGUUGUCCUGGUUAUUUGCCUACAUAAAUGUAUGAUGGGUGCUUGGCAUUGUGACCUGAGAAGAUGACAUUGUGUUGGGUGGAUUCACAGGGAUAAAAAUGAAUUGGUACAA